ACGCCCCGCCCAUGGCUUCCAUUUCUGUUCAGGAUCACACGGCGCAAAGCGAAUAAUACACAUUAGGGUUUUUUUUCCCCCCUGAAUAAUAUCGAUGUAACUGAUAAUUAUAACGAACACGAGUCCUUCCUGGUCACGGCACUAGAGGUAAUUGAGUUAGUCUUGCGGUGAGCGAGUUGUCAGGUGAAAAGCUUUGAGCCUUGUGUAAAGGAGACGGGCCUCGUUAUUCCUCUUUAUUCCUCUUUUUAACUUUAGCGGCGUUUUUUUUUCCGCCGUUUUUUUUCACCUUCUGCCCCUCGCGCUCCACCAGCGGCGUGAGUAGCAGCACGAGGCACGCGCGCGCGCACGGAUGGCGGAGUUCGGUAACGGACUGGCGGAGGAAUCUCUGCUCGACUCAGACCCUGGUCAUCCAGAGCUGGAAGAUCCGGGUGUUGGUGACGAAGAACCCGGUUUAGAUGAAGGAGAGGCCGCUAUCGAAGACCCGGAGCUGGAGGCCAUUAAAGCCCGGGUGAGAGAGAUGGAGGAGGAAGCAGAGAAACUGAAGGAGCUCCAGAACGAAGUGGAGAAACAGAUGAACCUUAGUCCUCCUCCUGCUGGUCCUGUCAUCAUGUCCAUUGAAGAGAAGAUAGAAGCAGAUGGACGAUCAAUUUAUGUUGGAAAUGUGGAUUAUGGAGCAACAGCAGAGGAGCUGGAAGCUCAUUUUCAUGGCUGUGGCUCUGUUAAUAGAGUCACUAUCCUGUGUGACAAAUUCACAGGACACCCAAAAGGGUUUGCAUAUAUUGAGUUUGCAGACAAGGAAUCUGUUAGAACAGCGAUGGCACUGGAUGAGUCCUUAUUCCGAGGAAGGCAGAUAAAGGUCGGGGCAAAGAGAACAAAUCGACCCGGUAUCAGCACCACAGACCGUGGGUUUCCUCGGGCUCGGUUCCGUUCACGUGGAGGAAGUUUCUCAUCUCGGGCUCGGUAUUACAGUGGAUACACACCACCCAGAGGAAGAGGACGGGCCUUCAGGGGCCGAGGGCGAUCAACAUCGUGGUAUUCCCCUUACUAAUAACUCCCCACUGUCAUUUCCCCUUUUUACUGUCAUCCCUCUUUUCCCUGUUUAAAAAAAAGAAAAGAAAAUAACCCCUCUCAAUAAAAGAAGAAAAAAAAGAAGAAAAAAAGACAAAAAAAAAAAAAAAAAAAAAACACAGAGGGAGAAUAUAGAAAAGAAAAGAGCAUCUCCCGGACAGACUGACUGACUGACUGGUGUGUGUGAGCGUGCGUGUUGCAGUCACCCCGGUAAGGUCUCGAGAUUUUGGGGAGGUUCUUGGUUGGCAUUUGUGAAAUGUUUAGAGAAGAUGGUGUGAUCUCAGGCUGCAGAUGUGUCUCCUUUGGUCUGGCUGUGAGUUCCUCACACAACACAAGGAGCAAACUGUUUUUCCCUCCUUUUCUUCUAUUGUACCUUGAAGAUGUGUGGAAAAUUCCCCAAACGUGAUGAUGCCUGUAUGUUUAAAUAGAUAUCCGAGGUUCUCAGAUUUUUUUUAUUUUUUAUUUUUGAACUGUUAACGUUCACCCAUCCUUGUUUUAUUUCUGGUUUGUUUCUCUUGCUCACCUGCAUUCUUUCUCUUUCUAUCACAGCUUGCAGUUCAGUUCAGGGUGUUUCUAUUGUUUUUGUUUUCAUAGUGUUCAGCUUUGAGACAUGCCAAGUUCUUUUCCCCCUGACUUAUUUCUCAACCAUUCUUUGCAUUUUCAUGUUUCUUCUCUGUUGACUCAUGGUAUUUGGCUCUUUAGACAUUUAAUUCAGGCACCGAAGAUUGUUUUUUUGUUUGUGUUUUUUUUUUUUUUUUAACCUUCUGAUUCCUUUAUCUACCAGCUUUACCUCCUGUUUCAAUCUCUAUCCACUUCCUUCCUUUCAGCAU